AUGCCCUCGAAGUGGGUUCCUCUCGAGGCAUCGACUGAGGUGUUCACCGAUUGGGCUCGCCCCCUCGGCCUCCCCGAGAAGCCUCUCUCUUUCCAGGACGUGUGGUCGCUCGACGAGGAGAUGCUCUCCUUCGUCCCGCAGCCCGUCAAGGCUGUACUCCUGCUCUUCCCUGGCCGUGGCAAGAUCCAAGACUUGAGGAUCAAGGAGGACGCUGUGGAGGGCAACCGCUUCAAGGGUGACGUGUGGUACAUCAAGCAGCAGAUCCCGAAUGCUUGCGGCUCUAUCGGCCUCCUCCAUGCCCUCCUGAACCUUCCGGAGAGCGAUCUUGAGAAGGACAGCAAGCUGUUGCAAUUCAAGAAGGCGUCGCUCCCUCUCGACGCCCAGAAGAAGGCCGAUCUUCUCGACGAGACGGACUUCUUUAGCGAGGCUCACACGGCCACAGCCCAGAGUGGGCAGAGUGAGGUGCCGAGCGGCGCCGCGCUUGACGUCGACAAUCACUUUAUUGCUUUUGUGCAGGCCAAAAACGAGGCGGGCGAGACGCGCCUCGUCGAGUUGGACGGCAACCGCGCGGGUCCAUUUGACUGCGGGCCGAGCACAGACUUGCUGCGCGACACGGCCAAACUUGUGCGCGAGAAGUACAUUCCCAACGCCGAGGGUGAUGUGAGCUUCAGCAUGAUUGCGCUGGCAGGUGAGGCCGAGUGA